AUUUGGAGAACAGAGAUGGACAGACGUGAUUUGGAGGAACAACUCAUGGAAGCAGAUGUGUUGCCAGAACAGAGUGAAAUGAGGCGAAGAGGAGUAGUCUCAGAGGCCCACUCAACGGGGAGGAGCCAACUCCUCCCAUACACACCGGCACCUAUUGUGGGCGGGGGUCGCAACAGGCAACCAAGCACCCAAGCAACAAGGCCAAAGGCAAUGAAAACCAGGCCAGCGAUGGAGGACUGGGAUGCCUGGGAUGAGUCAGCUGACGAGGCACUCAUAUGCCCUGUGUGCAGAGUAGCCACCGCCGACGGCGUGUCUGUGCUUUACCAACCAGCGAGCAAUGCAAUGGCGGAUGCGGCGUCAAGAACAGCCGCAAGAAAAAGAGAGGGAGGAGAUAACGAAACGACUAACGAGAAUGGACACGGAAAUGGAAAAAUGGACGGAUCUAUUGGUAACAGGAACAUUUUUGAAAAUGACGACGAGAAAUGCAUGAUGAGCGUGACAAAGAAGGUCAAGGAAACAUCUGAAGAGGGAAAACGGGAAAGUUUGGCCAACAUCAUAGACAUACAGAACAGCUCAAGCCGAGAAGAAAAAUGGAUUUGGAUUGAAAAUGUGGCGAAGCUCCAUGAUGACAACUUGUGGAGGUUUGGAACACGAACAGUGGCUCCAGAAAGUCUUCUACCAUAUCUGACGGCGCAAAUUCAUUCACUUGGACACGUGGGAGUGGAGAAGAUAAGGAACAGAUUCAUACAGGUCUGGUGGUCACCGAAGUUCACAGCAACGGCCACAGACAUCGUCAAGUGGUGUGUCACCUGUCGGCAAAACAAUCACGACAAGAAGGUUAAGUUGCCAAUGCUGAAGACACCAGCUCCACCAGGACCAUUCAGAGUUCUCCAGAUAGAUUACAUCACUCUUCCCAAGUGCAAAGGCUACCGAGAUGUUCUGGUUGUCCUGUGCAAGUUCUCCAGGUGGAUUGAGGCAUUCCCUACACGAUCUGGAACUGCACUACACACUGCCAAAGUCCUUGUGAAAGACAUCAUUCCCCGAUACGGAUUGCCUGAACAGAUCUGCUCAGAUCAGAUUUUGUUGAUAACACAGUCGGCAGUGAAGGUCCAGGGUGAGAGAAAAGUGGAUACAUGCAAGCCAUUGCAAACUAAUAGAACCGCCUGAAACAUGACGCGCUUGGGUAGGGUACGAAUUCUAUCUGAGUUUCCGCCGAUCUUCUUUUAGGGGUGAGGUGUGAACUAGAGGGGGGAAGAUUCACGGGAGACUUUCAUUUUGACGGAAUUUAUGACGUCAGGAGAAAUGAAAGGUUAGAGAGCCGAGAGUAGAAUCUUUCCUUUGAGAAUCCGAACAUGCUCAGAGUGUUGUGGUAGUGGACUCUUCUUGACACAAACUCAUGUUAUGAAAAAUUAUAGACUUAGAUAAGGGUUAGGGUUAA